ACUUUUGAAAACAUAUAACUUAAUAUGUUAGCAAAAAACAUAUAAGUAUAUAAGUUAAUAAAUAAUUGAUCUACACUAGCACAAAAUGGCUGUUAAUGGUUGAUACUUGAUACACAUUAUAAAAAGUAAAACCCGUUGCCAGUAGAUAACAUCAAUUCAUAAAAUUAAAUGAGAAGUGGUAGAGUAUAUGCUAUACAUUGUAGAUUUAAUAAAGAAAGCAAUAUAAAAGAAAGCCUAAAUCAAAGGAAUUGACGGAACAUGCCUAAAUGUAUGACAUAGCGUAUUUGAAUGAAAUUUGUUCAAGAGAAAUUUAUCAUCUUCUCCAACAUUUCCCAAGCAUAUUCUUUCUGUUCACAUCUGUUUCCUCGUCACCAUAACACGUAUUCAUUAACUUAAUCCAUGGCUUCCAUGUUAUUUAUAUUUGUCUUAAUUGAAUUAGGUUGAUGCAUGUUAUUUUAUGCUGUAAUUUUCAUCAUAAAUUGUUAAGUAGUCAAUUGAUCAAUUUAUAAUUUAUGUCUAUAAACGUAACGAUCUCUCAUAUGCACUUGGAUCUGCAUCACCAAGAUGAUAAAUUUAUCAUAUAGUAUAUCCAAGAGAUUUAACAUCCUUCUCUCUCUUAAUCUUGAUUGCAAUAAGUCAAACUUGAGAUUAGUUUAAUUACAAUGUGGAGUCCAAUUAUCGCACAUAAAGAGGUCUCCUAAUUAAUUUAUGAGCAUAUAUAUGCAUAUGAAAUUUAAAGAAAGAGUUGUGUAAUUCAUAGCAAUGCAUGUUAUUGCAUGCUCCUACGUGUUAAAAAUAACUUGUAAGUGAAUUGUUAAACAAAAUUCAUAGCCAUACUUAAGAAUAAUCUGUUUACUGAAGCUUAUAUAUAUGCAUGUGAGUUUAUAAAGGGAUCAACAAGUUCCUAAAUAAAAUCUAAGAGCCAAUAAUAGCAUUAGUUGAGUUUAGUAAAGACUAAGUGAGUAUAUCUUUUGGCAGACAUAUGCAAAUCUUGUGAAUAUCGUUGGAUUAAUAAUAUUCAACGGAUCAUAAAGAAAGAGCUUGAUUGGUGGACUAAACAACAUAUAAACAAAUGUGAUAAUAGUAAAAAACAUACAAAAUAAUAGGAAAGCCUGCACAGGUAAUAUUGACCAACAGCUUCAUUCUAACUAGACAAGCCCAUGUGUGUUGUAGGACCGCCAAAUAUAUUUUCCAAUAAAACUUUCAUCAUGUCCUAAUUUAUUAUAUAACCAUUUCCUCUUCCUUCUCCUCAUAUCACUAAACCAACCUUCAAGAACAGAGAAGAAGCGAUUUCCAUCAAUAACAAAAAAUAAAUAUAUAAAAACUCUUUCUUCAUUUUUUUUCUUUGAACUCUCAUUGCAACACAAACAUAAGAUUUGUUUGUGUCUGCUUUCAGAAAAAAAAAAAGAAAGAAAGAAUGAUACCAAGUUACGACCCAAAUGAUACCGAAGCUGGUCUCAAGCUUCUAGAGGAUCUAACCACAAAUGCAGAAGUAAUUCAAGAACAAGUUCUCCACCAAAUACUCUCUCAAAACUGUGAAACUCAAUAUCUCCAAGCAUUUCUUGAUGGAGAAUCCGACAAGAAUCAACAAAGUUUCAAGAACAAAGUGCCUGUUGUAAAUUACGAUGACAUAAAGCCUUUCAUUCAACGAAUCGCAGAUGGAGAAUCCUCUGACAUCGUCUCCUCUCAACCCAUCACAGAGCUCCUCACUAGCUCGGGGACUUCUGCGGGAAAGCCGAAGUUGAUGCCUUCCACAGCUGAGGAACUUGAACGGAAGACAAUUUUCUACAGCAUGCUUGUGCCUGUCAUGAACAAAUAUGUGAAUGGGCUAGAUGAAGGUAAAGGAAUGUAUCUUCUAUUCAUAAAACCAGAGAUCAAGACUCCUUCAGGUCUAAUGGCUCGUCCUGUGUUGACUAGUUACUACAAAAGUCAACAUUUCAGAAACAGACCAUUCAACAAGUACAACGUCUACACUAGCCCUGACCAGACGAUUCUUUGUCAAGACAGCAAACAGAGCAUGUACUGUCAGCUUCUCUGCGGCUUGGUCCAACGAUCUCAUGUCCUAAGAGUUGGAGCUGUCUUUGCCUCUGCCUUUCUUCGAGCGGUCAAGUUCUUGGAAGAUCAUUACAAGGAGCUUUGCGCCGACAUUAGAACCGGUACAGUAACUAGCUGGAUCACUGAACCAGCAUGCAGAGACUCGGUUUUGUCGGUCCUUCAAGGACCUAAUCAAGAACUGGCUGAUGAAAUUGAGUCAGAGUGUGCUGAGAAGUCGUGGGAGGGAAUCUUGAGGAGGCUAUGGCCUAAGGCUAAGUAUGUUGAGGUGAUUGUGACGGGUUCAAUGGCUCAAUACAUUCCAACACUCGAGUUUUAUAGCGGUGGUUUACCGUUGGUUUCAACCAUGUAUGCUUCCUCUGAGUGUUACUUUGGUAUCAACCUUAACCCGUUGUGUGAUCCUUCGGAUGUUUCGUAUACGCUUCUUCCUAACAUGGCCUAUUUCGAGUUCUUGCCCGUCGAUGACAAAUCUCACGAAGAGAUUCACUUUGCAUCGCAUUCUAACACCGAUGAUGAUGAUGAUGCUCUCAAGGAAGAUCUUAUUGUCGAUCUUGUUAAUGUUGAAGUUGGCCGAUACUACGAGAUUGUCAUUACUACAUUCACAGGUUUAUACAGAUACAGAGUAGGAGAUAUUCUUAAAGUGACCGGUUUCCAUAACAAAGCGCCUCAGUUCCGUUUUGUGCAGAGAAGAAACGUUGUAUUAAGCAUCGAUACCGACAAAACUAGCGAGGGAGAUCUACUAAACGCGGUGACACAAGCUAAACUCAACCAUCUUCAAAAACCUUCAUGCCCCUUGCUCACGGAGUACACUAGCUAUGCGGAUACGUCCUCGAUCCCAGGGCAUUACGUUCUCUUCUGGGAGCUAAAGCCACGUCAUAACAACGAGCCACCAGAGCUAGAGAACAAGACAAUGGAGUUAUGUUGCUCUGAGGUUGAGGAUUAUUUGGAUUACGUAUACAGGAGAUGCAGGAACAAAGAUAAAUCGAUAGGGCCAUUGGAGAUAAGGGUUGUGAGUUUGGGGACUUUUGAUUUGUUGAUGGAUUUUUGUGUCUCGCAAGGAUCUUCAGUGAAUCAGUACAAGACUCCAAGAUGUGUUAAACCUGGAGGAGCUCUUGAGAUUCUUGAUUCCAGAGUUAUUGGGAGGUUCUUCAGUCAAAGAGUUCCUCAAUGGCAACCACUUGGUUUAGAUUCGUAGCUUUUUUUUCAAUUUUACUUACUUUUUCAUAUACAACUAAAGUCUUGAUUUAAAGAUUUUAAGUAAGAUCCUCAUUUAUUAAGUUGCUAAUUGAUGUUUGUUUAUUAAAUGUUGUUGCUCUUUUGUCUCUUUUGUAACAAACUUUUAGUAAAGUCCUCUCAUUUUGUGAAUGGUGUAUACUUGUUGUUUCUCUUUUCUAUUAUUUUAUUAUCCCUCCCUCUCUCUUUUUGUUUAAUGAAGUUUUUAAAAUAAAAUUUUGUUUAAUGAAGUUUUUAAAAUAAAAAUAUGUGUAUUGAUUUAUAAGAAUAUACUACAGUACUUUUUUUCGUACCAAACCCUUUACAUAAAGUCUCAUCUUUGGGGAGAAAGGAUUCUCAUUUUUUUUUUCUUCAUCAAUCUUUCAUAAAUUUAUGAUUACAAGUCGACAACAUAGUCAUUAGACCUAGAAAAACUAUAUGUGAUUGUGCUAUAAAAUGUUUGAUGUUACAAGACAGUUUGUUUAGAUUACAAAGAUAAUAAAUAAAAAUGAAAAAUCUGGACAAUGUAAAAUAAAUUAACAAUAGUCGUCACAGAAAUUCACAUUCCACUGAACGUAAAUGAACAACAUAUAAAAAUGAAAUAGUAUUUUAAAUUAAAGAUAAAACUUUCGUAAUUCUCUUUAGCAAUAUUUUUACUUGGGUAUAUAUAAAGAUGAAAUCAUAAUCCGGAGAGACUGGAUAGAGAGGUGUAGAGUGACGUAUGGAUGCACAUGAAGAUGGUGAUGGUUUAAUUUGCCAGCCAACACACAGCUACAUCAUUGAGAUCCACAUUUCUUUCUUACAUAUAUUUUUUGUUCACAAUCUCAACUCUCUCUCGUCAACGGUUUUACCUUCUUUUGCCCUUUCUAAAUCUUGAAAAUAAGUUAUAUAAAGCAUCAUUGGUACUUGUACAGAUAAUACGUUUUGAAGUUGAAUAAAACAGCAAAAAAAAAGAAUUUUGUUAAAAUAAACAACUGACCCACGUUGAUUUGUUCGGAAUAGUGGUUAUACUAGUUUUAUAUGUAAGAAGACUUCAUGACUAAAAUUCUUUCAUGUUGACAUUUAACAAUAUUCGGGUACGUUUUUAGCACACAGUAGGCUAAACGUUAUUAGUAAACCAUGUGCUUCAAUGUAAACUGCAGAAGAAUAUUCUAACAACAAUAAAAGAUGUAUCGUCUUAUAAAAUCAGUAUCACAUAAAGUAUAUAAUAUGAAAGACAAAUUCUUUAUUCGAACAAUUCACAAUCAUUAGUCUAUUAUUUUCAAAUUAUAAUAUUUCAGUGAAAUAAUUAAAUAUGCAAACUAUAUGACUACUUGGUAGGACUACUAGUUUAAUAUAUUAAAUUCCAAAUUCCAAUGGCUGAUUGAAUGUUGCUGCCGAAUAUAUUAUGUAUUGCCGGAGAACUUAAGAGCUUUAAUUUUUUUUUCAUUUUAGAUGAAACACAACAUUUCAAAUUUACAGAUGAAACAUAAAAUUUGCGUAAAAAAGAUUUGCCAAAAAAGCUGAGUUUAAAAUACAACAAUCGGUCUUGUUCAUGAUAGAUUAUGUAUAAUAAGUAUGAUUAGGGCAAUGAGUGAGAGGAGAUCCAAGGAAUAAGAGUCGUGUCAACUGUCAAGUCACACAAGGAGUAGAAAUAGUCUUCUUUUUUCUUUUGAUCAAACGGAGUAAAAAUAGUCUACACGUCGCCGUAUAGGUACAAAAGGUUGUUUGUAAACCAGUAUUCUUCUUUUCAAGAUGCGCUGGAAUACUUGGCCACGGCCGAGGACACGUUUAUCACAUGUGAUAUUAAAGAGGAUUGUUUCACCCUCGUUCCACUACAACAUUUUGAGUUUAACAAUUUUACUAUAAGUUUUGACCAAAAAAAAAAAAAAAUUUUACUAUAAGAAAAAAACAUUAACAAUUUUACUAAUAACCUUGUACCUAUUCGGUGAGAUGUAGAAUUUUGUAAAAUUAUGUGGCCUGAGACAGCUCCCACAAUCAAAUCCCACUAGUUGAUAUUGGCGUAUUCAUCACAAUCGGCGUUUAACAGAUUGCUUAUUCAACGCCGAUUUCAUAUGUAUGUCAAAUAAUAUACAAGUUUGGUUUUUCUUUAUCGAAUAUGUAUGUCAAACAGAACUUAAAGCUCUUCUGCAUGUAGCCAUUUCGUCGUUGAGAUAGCCAAUAUAACACCAAAACUAACACAUAAACACCACAUCACUAGUUAUUCAUCUAAUAUAUACUUUAUACAAAAUAAUAGUAAAAGCUCUUAACAAUGUCUUUAGUAAAAGCUCUUAACAAUGGUCUAAAAGAGAAAUAACAUACAAAUUUAAUCUAAUUAUAAUAUAUAAAUUUGAACUGGAUCAGUUACUUUAACUAAAAACUAAACAUGUGAUCUGUAUCCAAUUUUUGUUUGUACUAUCCGUAUACAUAUACAGGUUUUUGAAACCGAUAAUAUGGCUUAGAGAACAACCUAUCAUUCCAAGAUUCAUCAUAAGAAUCGAAAUGAUGAAUGUAUUAAAAGAAUGGUUAAUAUCGGAUGUGAGUAACCUACAUGGCUUGUAUCUAACGGAUGUGUUCUGGUGAGCAAAUGGGUAAAAGAGACAGAUGAACGACCCAAAGUUUUAAAGCAAAAGAAAAAAGGGAACACACUUUACUGUUCACUUAAGAGAACACGAUGAGUUUCCUCGCAACUGUCCUGUCAUGUUGCUUUCCGUAUCGUAUCGCCUUCCAGCAAAAAACACUGUCGUUUUCCUCUAGCUACCAACACAGACCCUUCCAACCCCCAUCUAAUCGUGCUUGUUAACUACUGUAUGUUUUCCAUGUAAGUCUGAAAAUAUAGGGAAAUUUGAGCCAAUAACCAAAAAAAAAACUAUAUUUCACAAAUUAACCAUAUCAAUCCUUCUCUCCUAUUUUCUCUUCCUAUCUCUCUCUACCCUCUUACUACAAAUCUAAUAUUUUUCCCAAUAUAUUCAUUCAUCAAAUUAACCCAAAUAUAUAUACAUGUAUUGUCAACUUAAUGGGCUGAUUCAAAAUAAUGCAUGCAUAUAUAAAUCUAUCCACAAUAGUUUCGAUUAGACACAAAGAAAGUAAAACUAGUUUGUGAGAUAGCAACCUUAUACAGCUUGUACUCCUAGUCUCCUAACGAGACCUAGACGUUGUGCAUCUACAGUUGUCUAUUCCAAAAUUAGUUCAUCAAUGUUUACAUCCACAUUCGUAAGUCGUUUAUAGAAAGAAAAAAACAAACAUCUAUAGAAACGAACAUUAUGGAACACUUAUUUUUAGUAGACAAUAAAUUAGGUAUAUGUCACACCACAUACCAAGGUUUACUAGGUUUGGGUAUAGCUCUAUUAGAUUUCAUUUCAUACAAAAUUUAGUUAGAGAAGCUAAUGUAUAUGAGGUUGUCUGGUUGUUAAUAGUGGUUGUUAUAUGAAUGUAUAUGCAAAAGAAAAUAAAAUGUUAACAAUUAUGCUAUCUCUGCUCUAUCACAAAGAUUAAAAUAUUGGAAAUUUGUUUCAGAAUGAUAUAAUUUUUUUUCUGUGAAGCUUUGUAUAUUUGAUAAUAAUAAAUUUUAAAUUUAAAAAAAAAUGAAUUUAUUGAAUUAUUAAUAAUAAAAAAUUAUAAACCUCAGUGUUAUCUUAUCGUUUGAAGAAGCAAAGAAAGAAAAAAGUUUUUUUUUUUUGAACAGAGUGUGUGGUCAAUGUAAAUAAAGAGGUUAGAAGAAGGCCACGAGUACAAGAGGGAACAAAGGUAAAUAAGGAAUUAAAACGUUAGGGGGAGACUUCAGAAAAGAAGAGACAAAAACAAAGAGAGACCCACAAAAAGAAAGACACGAUUAGAGAGGUGCAGCAUUUGACACAACUCCUUCUUUUCUCGUCCGCACGCAAUUUGGGUCUCGUCCUCAUAUUUUUGUGGUGGGCUCUCUCUUUUAAACACUUGCUCCCUCCCACAGUUUUGGUCUGAUUCGCUUCAUCUAUCUCUCUCCUUUUUUAAAGAAAACAAAUCCAAAAUCGAUAAGACUUUAUAUAAUAUAGAGUCAUUACUGGUCUUCGUUUAUUUCACUCUGGUUAAUUUGUUUGUGAAAGUAGAAAAGGUCGUAGUAUCGUAUGCGUUGUACAUAGCUGUAUAAUAGUCACAUUUUGUCAGACUUAGGAAUGUACACACUUUGGUCCAACUUAGACAUGAUGCAUUUUGGGAUAAUUUCUAGUCAUUAUUCCGAAUAAAUGCAAAAACGCUUAGAAGAUUACGACAGAAAGUAACAAGACUGUGUGAGAGAGAGUGUGUGUGACCACAUUAUAGUAGUCUUGAGUGUGGACCAUACUAGUUUAACACCCCACUCGUGUGUCCUGUCUUUCAAUUGCUUGUCUCGAUUCAGUUUCAACGACAAAACCUUUGUUUCCUUCCCUAAUUUCACGCUAUAUGUAUAGGCUAUAGCUAAACUUAACAUCUCUUUCUUUCGCAUUUUCUUUUCUCUAAUCAGGAAAACCGCAAAAACAGGGCAAUCAUUGUAGGCCAUCAUCAAAGUGCAUUAAUACAUGUCUGAUCUAUCAAAGUAAGAGACCUAGUUUUACCCAAAAAAUGUAAGAGACCUAUAUUCAUUUUAUUGCAGAAUCUUGCGGCUUAAUUAAGAUAACUCUCGGCCUUGGUCCUCUUCCUCCAAAGCAUGGCCAUCUAACUAAAGCAGUGAAAAUGCAACUCACAAGUAAGGAUAUGUCGGCUGAAAGCCCAUGAAUGGAGAAUCUGAUGCAGUUCUAGACUGAUGGCCAGGUUGGACCAUGUUAUGGUUUGUAAAAUCAGGAUAGGACUCUGUUUCUAUGAUUUUUUAAUUGAAAAGAUAGCUAGAUCAGUUGGAUGAUACAUGUGAAAUGUGUUUCUUAUAAAUUAUUGAGAAUUUCUCAAAUGAUACUCUCUCCAUUUUUUUGUUUAGUUAAUUGGUGAGAGACUUUAUGAC